AACUGCAUUCAUCAUCGCAUCGCAACAACGAUCAGGCUAGUCUGCGCUAGAAGUCUGCUACGUGAACCUCUCCUUGCUCGAGUGUACAAAACAUUCUCAUCAUGUCUGCACCGACCACAUUCAGCUGGAAGUCGGGACCUGAGGCAGUCCAAGUAGCCGGUAGCUGGGACUCUUUCGCCAGCAAAAAGGACUUGAAGAAGCAGGCGGAUGGAUCAUUUGAGACUUCCCUGGACCUGCCAGCCACAACCAAGUUCACCUACAAGUACAUCGUAGAUGGAUCCUGGCAAAUCUCACCGCUCGAGCCCACUGAGGAUGAUGGGCAAGGCAAUGUCAACAACUUCUUGACUACCACCAAAGCCCAGCUGCAACCACAAUCCCCAGCUCCCUUUGACAAUUCUGUGCCAAACACGCCUCUACCCAAGAGCGAUCCUGCUGAUCCCAAGGCGCCACAGGCUGGAGCAGCUGACCUUACCAAGCAAAGCUCGCUAGGUGGAGUGGCUGCUGCUGCAGCCGGCGGCAUCGCUGGAGCAAGUGCUGGAGCGGCUGGUAUCGCUGCCGCGUUCGUCGGGGCUGCAACGGGAGAAAGGUCGGACAAGGCGACGGAUGAGCAACAGAAGACCGCUGAUCAGGCCGUCAAGCAAGCCGCGUCAGGUGCUGCUGCCGUCAAAGAGCAGGCUACGAGCGCUGCCGAAUCCACUCCUCAGGGAGCUCAGGGUAAGUUUGUCCUUCUUGGUAUGCGUCGCCAACGUGCUGGAUGGAAGGCGGGUGCAGGGCUAGAAGCUUCGCGCUGCGUAAUUCAACGCAGACCUGACAUCCUGUCCUUACAUCACGCACCGCUUUUCCCCUCGUUUUUGCUCACCCUGGCUUAGCUGCGGCGGUUUCAAUCCCUCCUUUCUUGACAGGCGUUUUGGCUGCUGCGUCUGCUUCGGUCGCUGAUGCUCUCGGCACCGUCGUCGGCCAAGAUGUGUUGCGCGGCAACCCGCAAUCCGUUCCCACCACGCCAGCUCCCGAAACC